CUCUUAGUGAAGUUUAGUGAAAUGUUUACGUACGAGUUUGUUUGGUGAAAAAUAAUGAACUGACCUCGCUAGUAACAAUUAUAUCACUUACUCAAAAGAUUUAUUGAAUUGAAUCCAAAGUGCAUUUGUAACGCUUUUCUGUUCUUUAUAUCAACUCAGAAAAUCCCUUUUUUCAAUCUUGUUAUACAAUUUUGUAAUUGCCAUCUAUGUGAAAUUGGCAAUAUUGGGUGAAAAGUGCAAAUGAGCUAUUGAGAAGGACAGACGAAGAACAUUGCUGUCAAUCCUUGACAUUGACCACAAACUCUGCUUACUGUCAUUAUUGAGAUUGCUGAUGAUGGACAUCAGAGAUUUAUGAAAAGUAUUUAAAUAGAAAGAGCAGAUGCUUUUCUUACUGAGUCUUUUAAAUGCGAAAUAGUCUUUUAUUGAGUUUUAAAAACUAAAUAAAAUUCUUAAAAUACAAUUACUUUUUAUAUGAGCCAUACCGAAGAUAAACUACAUUUUAAAUAAGUCAUGCCAUGGAAAGGGUCAUGUAUUAUACCAUGCUGCUCUAACCAGGGUCUUUAUAGAUUUCCUACUGAUGAAACGCUGAGAUCCAAAUGGAUCAAAGAGAGUAAUCUCCAUAGGUUCUCUAAACGAGUUUUACGACCAUACAGUAAAAUCUGUGGUGAUCACUUUGUUAUUAGUGACUUUAAAAUAACAUGCAGCGGCAAGAAGAAACUUUUACCAGGUGCAAUACCACGUUUUCCAUGGUCGACACCUCCACUGACGUCAUCACCACAUUUAGAAAAUGAUGACAUAGGUAGUCCUAUCCUCCCGACCCUAACUUACACUCGUAUUCUGCCAUUUCAAUUUGUUGAAGAAGUGCAGGCUGUUCAAGAACCUGAUUUAGUUGAAGAAGAUCCUUUGUCAUUAAAUGAUAAAGAAAACGAAGGCAUACCUGAAGAUAAUCAGGGUGGGGCUGAUAGCAAAGAUCAAGUACAGACAAGAUGAAAUACAAUGAAGAACAAAUUCAGGAGAGAAAUUGUUACCGCUUGAUUACUGCAGAAACCAUAGAUUUACUAUAAUAAAUCUAGUGUGGC